AUGUUGCUCGAAAUAUUGGCCACCCUCACCACGCUCGCUGGGGCCACCCUGGGCCAAAGCUCACCAGAUCUGGCCACUGUUCUCAACACUACUGACGGGACUUCCACCCUUGGCCAAGUUGUUUCUCAAUCCCCAGGAUUCUUGGAAGCCAUAUCUGGGAAGACGAAUCUCACCUUCCUCGCCCCGAAUGACACAGCCAUUGCCCUGUGGCUAAAUUCUUCUCAGGGACAAGCAGCCUCGGACGCCGGGGACGACUACCUUACCAAUCUCUUACUGUAUCACACAAUCAAUGGAGGAUACAAUAACAUCUCAGACUACUUUGUCGCUCACACCCUCUUGACUUCCGACACCCUCACAAAUGUAUCGGGUGGCCAAUUUAUAGCUGGUUACUACGAUGACGAUGACAAUGUGACCACAUUCCUCAGUGGAGACUACAACGACUCCAGUGCUGGUGUGACUCCCCUCUCCUUUGCCCAGGGAUGGAUCUACAUCAUCGACAGUGUACUAUCAGUUCCGCAGAUCUUUAGUGAGGUCGCGGUUGCGGACGACUUCAACGGGACUUCGUUCGUUGCGGCUCUUGAUAGUAUCGGACUAACGGAACAGUUCAACUCACUCCAUGACGCCACAUACUUUGUUCCUUAUGACUCAGGCUGGUCCCUUGUGGAGGAUGCCCUCUCGCAACUCAGCAAGGACAAUUUGACGGAGGUGCUCAAAUACCACGCUUGCGAGCAGAUCUUACUUUUCGACGACUGGGCCAAUGGCACCCAAGUGACUACGCUGACGGGUGAGACUGUCACCUUCACGCAAACACCCGACGAGGAGUGGUUCAUCAACAAUGCCGGCGUCAGUUCCGUCAACCUCUUUUCCUCUGGAGGAGUUAUUGUGCUUAUUGACAGCGUGAUGAACCCUUAUAAAGGCUUUGCGCAACCGCUGAAUGGCACUGAUGGAGAUGGUGUCCCUGCAUGGCCAGUCACAAAUGCCACCAGCACGGAAGCGGCUAGUUCGAGCACCGUAUCUGCCACAGGAAGCAUUGCUACUGCUACCUAUUCUGGUGCCGCCGUACCGCUGAAGACAGACUCUGUUGGUUUGGCUGUGUUCCUCGGGUAUGCUGCAUUGGCUAUUCUUUGA